AACAAAAGGAGAAGCCUUUGGAACUCAAAAUCUCUGCAACAGAACGCGGAAAAAAGCAAGCUGAGGAAAAUGAUUAAGCUGCAAACAUAUGCGGGGCUUAGUUUAGUUGCUACUCUGGCUGUUAUCUAUCAUGCGUUUAACAGUAGAGGCCAGUUCUACCCAGCUACAGUUUAUCUAUCAACGUCCAAAAUCAGUUUGGUGCUCCUCCUCAACAUGGGUCUAGUCAUCAUGUGCAUUCUGUGGCAACUAACUAAGCGUGUUUUUCUUGGGACCCUACGAGAAGCUGAGGUUGAGAGACUGAAUGAGCAAUCAUGGCGGGAAGUCAUGGAAAUACUUUUUGCAAUAACUAUUUUCCGACAGGACUUUUCAGUUACUUUUCUUGCUAUGGUUACUGCUCUUCUGUUAAUCAAAGCUUUACAUUGGUUGGCCCAGAAGAGAGUUGAGUACAUUGAGACAACCCCUUCGGUUCCUAUGUUGUCUCAUAUCCGUAUUGUAUCAUUUAUGGGCUUCCUUCUUAUCCUAGAUAGUCUCUUUCUGUACAGUUCUUUAAAGUAUUUGAUACAAACACGGCAGGCUUCAGUUUCCCUCCUCUUUUCUUUUGAGUACAUGAUACUCGCAACAACAACUGUGUCAACAUUCGUAAAAUAUGUUUUCUAUGUCAGUGACAUGCUUAUGGAAGGACAAUGGGAGAAAAAAGCUGUCUACACCUUUUACUUGGAACUUAUACGAGACUUGCUUCACUUGUCUUUGUAUCUGUGCUUCUUUCUUGUGAUUUUCAUGAAUUAUGGUGUGCCUUUGCACUUGAUUCGGGAGCUCUAUGAAACAUUCCGUAACUUCAGGGUCCGUAUUGCUGAUUACAUUCGUUAUAGGAAGAUGACUUCAAAUAUGAAUGAUCGUUUUCCAGAUGCAACGCCUGAAGAACUUGAUGCAAGUGAUGCAACCUGCAUCAUUUGUCGUGAGGAGAUGGUUACAGCCAAGAAACUAAUUUGUGGACAUCUUUUUCAUAUGCAUUGUCUCCGUUCAUGGUUAGAGCGACAGCAUACUUGUCCUACUUGCAGAGCCCUAGUUGUACCCCCUGAAAAUGGGACAACUACUGCUGGAGGGCAACAUGGGCCACGGUCUGAUUUUCAUCAACAAGCAAGUACAUCCACACAGGGUUCGACUGGUGAUGUAGCAGAUGAUAAUUUGAAUUGGCAUCGGGCCAGACUCCAAGCUGCUGCUUCAGCUGCCGCAAUAUAUGAAAAAUCUCUUGUGUACCCUUCUCCAAAUACACUAGUGUGGUCCCCUGGAUAUGUAUCACUCCCCCAGGCAUCUGGUGCCACCAUGAACUAUGGAGAUAGACUCAGUGGUGAUCUAAACAUACCGGGCUCUCAGAUGGAAGCUCAGAAGAAAUUUCUUGAAUACCAUAUUGAGGUCCUGCAAAACCAGCUCCAACUUCUACAGAAACUAUCGAAACCAGAGGAAGGCAUGGGCAUGGCCCCCACUGCAUCAUCAGCUGGCAAGGGAAAGGACGUUGCUUCUUCAUCUUCUUCUGUUCCAGACUCGGGUCAUCAUGGAGAAAUUGAAGAAACUGAUACAUAGGCCUCAACUCUCAUUUAGAGAUGUGUAUCGCAAGGAGACUAGAGGCGGUGGAUAUAGAAGAAACACCGAAACAGGCAUAGUGUUUUUCUCUGAAAGCUGUGUUAGUCACCCUUAUACUUGAGGUCUGGUAAUCUCUCUCAAGAGGCAUUGUAUGAAUCAACUUUCCCUUAUCGAGUCUUGCAAAGAACAUUGCCCCAAGUACAAUACCAGCUUGUGUCAAAUUUUCUAGCUGACAGGGCUCAGUGUAAGAUGUUCAUAUGCAGCGCUGGCCCAUACAUUAUGUUUUUCUUUGAUCUUUUCUUUCCUUUCACUUUCCCCAACCUUCCUUAAGGUUCUUUAGUUUUGUUAGUUGACAGGAUUGAAUUCUGCCAAAUUUGUGCAUUGUUUCUCCAGUUUAUA